AUGGGGGACCAGCUGAAGUUGUUUGGGUCUUGGGGAAGUCCAUUCAGUGUCAGAGUUGAGAAUGCCUUAAAGUUAAAAGGCAUUCAAUAUGAAUACUUUGAAGAAGAUCUAUCCAACAAGAGUCCUCUGCUUCUGCAAUAUAACCCUGUUCACAAAAAAGUCCCUGCCCUGGUUCACAAUGGGAAACCCAUUGUGGAAUCUCUGGUGAUACUGGAAUACAUUGAUGAAACUUGGAAAGGUAACCAUCCCAUCUUGCCUCAAGAUCCUUAUGAGAAAGCCAUGGCACGAUUCUGGGCCAAGUUUGUUGAUGAAAAGUGCAUGCCUGCAUUAUCUAAGACCAUUUGGAGUAUGGGGGACCAAUAUGAGAAAGACAAGGCAGAGGCUGUGAAGCUGCUCCGAGUUCUUGAGAAUGAAAUUUCGGGGAAGAAAUUCUUUGGAGGGGAAAGCAUUGGAUUAGUGGACAUUUCUGCCAAUUUCAUAGCUUAUUGGUACAGGGGACCCCUGCAGGAAGCUCUUGGUCUGGACGUGUUCACGAAAGAUGAGUUCCCGAAUUUAUGGAAAUGGGCUGAAGACUUCGUUAAUGACAGCGUGAUUAACCAGAAUCUGCCUCCUAAAGAGAAGCUAAUUGCUGCUUUCCCGCCACCUUAUUUGGGUGAACAUCUUGUGGCCUUCUUCAAAUCUCGUUUGGCAUCAUCUCAGGUCGGAGGCUAA